AGUACACAAUCAUUUAUUGGUUAACUUUACAUUAAUUAAUUUACUGUUUUCUUGUUAUAUAUCAAAUAUUUAAUUUCUGUAUAUCUACAUAAAAGCAUUAUCUGUGUUCUAAUUAAAGUAUAAGUGAACAUCAAUAUAUUUAUCCAAUACUCAGACACAUUUGCUUGAUUUCCAGUACUGAAACAUCACCAUGCCAAAAAAAGGAAAGAGGAGUGAAUCACAGAAACAGCGCAGAAAGCUACAGUCUUCAUUGGGCACCAGUAACAGUACCAACUCUGUAUCAGGCACUGCAGCCUUUAACAUCUCUGGUAAAACACUGCACUGUCUUUUGAAGCUCCCAAGAAGCUUGAAGCCUCCUUACCAAGGACUGGGAAACAGCUUGGAUGAAAUGAGGGCAGACCUUUCUAAUGCACACAUUUUAAUUAUUGAUGAAAUAUCAAUGGUGUCAAAACAGUUGUUUGCAUAUGUGAACUGGAGACUGCAACAGAUAAAAGGAAACCAGAAACCUUUUGGUGGAUUAUCAGUAUUAUGUGUGGGGGAUUUUCACCAACUGCCACCUUUAGGAAGAGCAAAACCACUCUGUGUGUAUGAGAACCAUGUGCUGGACUUCUGGAAAGAUCAUUUUCAAAUGAUAACCCUGACACAGAUAAUGAGGCAGAGAGAUGAUCUUGCAUAUGCUGAGCUUCUCAACCGUCUGAGGGUGAAACAGAAGCAUGCAAAACUGACUGAUGCAGAAAAGUGCAUGUUAGAAGCGGUCAUAAGAUCCUCCCCUGAAGAGUGUCCUACUGAUGCAUUACACAUCUAUGCAACCAACAAAGAGGUAGAAAAUCAUAACACUGAAGCCAUAUCAUCACGCUUUUCAGAUAUCAUUAACCUUGAUGCGCAUGACUACAAAAAAGAUCCACGAACAGGUGAGAUGAAAAGGCAAGCUGUUCCAUUAAAAGGAGAUAAACGUGAUCUAAUUGAUACACUACAGAUUGCUAUUGGUGCACGAGUGAUGCUUACUAGAAAUAUUGAUGUAGAAGAUGGACUGGUUAAUGGUACUUUUGGCAAUGUGGCAAAAAUAACAGCUCACACUCGAGUUGGUGUUCCUGUUGUUCAAUCAAUUGGUCUUCAUCUAGAUAAUGUGACUGCUGGACAGAAACAUCGCAACAAAGCACCUGAUGGAGAUGACAAUAUUGUCUAUAUUGAGAGGUCAGAGGAACCACUAAAAAAAAAAGAACAGUUCGAAGGCAAUUUCCCAUGAAGCUUGCUUUUGCUUGCACAAUCCAUAAAGUCCAAGGAAUGACAACAGAUUGUGCUGUUGUAUCACUGAAGCACAUAUUUGAAUCAGGCAUGGCAUAUGUUGCACUCAGCAGAACAACAACACUCAGUGGACUGCACAUUACAGACUUUGAUGAAAAGAAAAUUUUCUGUAAUCCAGAAAUAAGUGCCUCCUUGGAGAACAUGACAAAAGCAGAUUUUCAGAAUAUUCAACCCAUCCUUCACAUUGUACAAGAUUCAAAAAUGAAUUCUGCUCUUAAAAUCAUUCAUCAUAACACAGAGGGACUGGAGUGUCAUUUAGAUGAUUUGAAAUGCCACCAUGAACUUUUACUGGCUGAUGUUUUGUGUCUAACUGAAACACACCUGUCAGGCUCUGCUGUUCCUGCAUACCUCCAGCUGGAUGGGUAUACCAUGUACAGACGCAACAGACAUGCAUCCUACACAAACUAUAUCCAUUUGGCAAAUAAGAGUGGUGGUGGAGUGGCAAUUUAUGUGAAGAACAGCUUUCAAGUUUCUCCUCUGAUGUACAUACAGAAUGUUACUGAUCUGGAAUAUUUGGUUUUGAAGAUAGAAGCCCCCAAACAAGCACUUCUUGCAGUGAUCUACAGACCACCCAGUUACAAUUUAGCAGAGUUUUUGGCAAACCUGAAUGCCCUCUUGACAUCUCUGGAGAUCAUGGAUUUCAAGCCCAUUAUAGUGUGUGGAGACUUUAAUGAAGAUCAGCUGUCUCAUCACAACAAACCUAUUCUCAAUUUGCUUGAAGAUAAAGGAUACACACAGCUAAUCAGCACCGGUACAACAGAAAACAACACUCUUCUGGAUCCUGUUUUCGUAAGUGGUGCACACUCAAACGUAAGAGCAGGAGUUCUACAGACAUAUUACAGCUAUCAUGAUCCUGUGUAUUGUGUUUUAGAAUAAAUACAUCACAUAUAAAAGCCUGCAUAGAUCUCUCAUACAACACUUAUGUAAAUUUUAUUUAAUAAUUUUGAGACAUAAUAAUGCUAAUUUUGAGAAAUAAUGCUAAUGCAAAUACAAAUUAAUUCAGUGUAUAUUAAUAAACAUCACAUUUUGUGUGUAUUCCAUGUUUGCACGUGUGUGUGAAUGUGUUAAAUAGGGAAGGUGUGUGUGUGUGUGUGUGUGUGUGUGUGUGUGUGUGUGUGUGUGUGUGUGUGACUGUGUUAGAUAAAGAAUGAA